GGCGCGUUGCUGUUGCUCGUGCCGGGCAUGACGGAGGCGCGUGUCCUGCGCUUCGAGGAGGCGACCGUGGCGCCGUACACCUCCCACCGCCUGCGCCACGUGGGCGGCAUCGACGGCCUUGGCAUGACGGACCUGCUUGGCGUCGCGUGUUACCCGCUGUCGUCGCACAUUCUCUGCGUGGUGCUCGUCGGUGUCACCGGCGUCGUUGUGGCGAAGGUGGAUGAUCGCAAGUGGAGUGUGACGCGCUUGCAGGGGCAGAGCUUCACUGCGGUGACGGACGCACAGGUGGAGGCGACAACGGGUGACGUUGUUGUUGGCACGAACGAAGGCACCGUUAUAUACAUGCGCCGCGAGGCUCCCAGGAUGCCGGCGCCCAAGAAGGCGGCAGCAGACAACGGCAACGACGACAACCCAGUCAAGACGACGAUGGCCACCACCCCCACUGCUGCUGCUGCUGCUACAUUUGCGGGUGGCCAGUCCAAUGGCGUAAAGAAGAAGAUACGGACGGAGACGUCGGUGCGUGGCGCUGUGGAUGCCGAGAACACGGGGGAUGAAAGUGGCAGCGGCAGUGGAGGCGGCGGCGGCAGCAGCAGCAACAACAGCACAAGUGGAAGCGAUAACGAGGAUGAGGCUUCCUCCUUGUCUACCUCCGUUGUGAGGGAGGACCUCCGGCAGGUGGUGCAUGAUCUCAAGCGCAACAACCCUCAGUACAUCGACGACGACGACGAGGAGGAGGCGGAGCGGCCGUCGCGAUGGCGGCAGCAGGACCCGAAGGAGGUGGUGCGCCUCGUCGAGGAGACCCACCGCCAGCAUCGCUCUGUCUUCCUCGACGACGAGGCGGAGGAAGACGAGGAGGACGAGGAAGAGGAGGAGGAUGACGACGGCGGUGGAGCGGACGCGGAGGGCAAUGGGGCACGGCGCCGUGCAGAGCACAGUCGCGGCGAUGACGCGGCGUCGGUGGGGGCGACGGACGCGGACGGUUCCAUGACGUCCUUGCAGGCACCACACGACGCGAUGAUGCGUUCAGCAACAGCAGCACCUCCGGUGACGGACUAUUCCUUUCAGAUUGGCGCGACGCCUGUGGGGGAGGAGGGGAGCUGCUACCUGGCGUACAACUCGGUUGGCUACAUCCACAGCACCGCGGAUGGCACGACGAUUCACUUCCACGACAUGUCGUUGCAGGCCGUGCGUAUACUGGAGCGCGGCACAAUUCUCAUGGCGGCGCUGAGUCCUGUUGGCGCCGCCUUCGUCCUGGCGCAGGAAGCGGACAUGGACAGCGUCGACGACACUCCCCGGCUGACAGUGUACUACCGCACGUUUGUCGCCAUUGGCGCGCAGUCGGAGUGGCGAGUGCGGCUCCACCCAGGCGAGUCCGUGCGCUGUCUUACUGCUGGCAUCCGCUACACGGCUGUUGCGACGAGCCGCUACCUGCGCAUCUUCUCCCUCUCGGGGUUGGAGCUUGCAGUACUGAGCCUCUUCCCCCGCAUCGUUGCGAUGGUUGGCACCAACAGCAGCGCCAUCAUGCGCGCCUUCAAGGCUGACUUCGACCCCCUCGCAGUGUGCUACCUCGAGAGUGGCGGCGAGCUGCGGCUGCAGGUGCUCGACGUGGGCGCGCGCGCGGUUGUGGUGCCUGCGGUUUCGGUGCCGCUGACGCUGCAGCCAGACG